UCAGAGCGAACCAGUGUGAGUGGAAACUGGGUAAGGAGGGCAGCGGAGAGCGGUGGACAAGCAGACUGAUGACAGCUGUCAGUGUGGACAAAAACACUGCCGAUCCCUGAGGAGAAGCCCAAUGUCUCUGUCCUAAACGUACAGAAGAAAGGAGACAACGCCUUGGCAGUAUCGCGGGUUAUUUAAAGAGAUCGCGAAGGCAUUUACAUACAGUUUGGUGUAUUUUCUCAACUCACACAUUGGUGGAGCUACAGUGGCAGAGGCAACAUGGGGACACAAGGCUCUGGAAGAAAGCGUGCCCCACUGAAAGACCGCUUCUCAGCAGAGGAUGAGGCCUUGAGUAGCAUCGCGCGGGAGGCGGAGGCGAGGCUUGCAGCCAAGAGGGCGGCUCGUGCGGAGGCCAGGGAUAUCCGAAUGAGGGAACUUGAGCGGCAGCAGAAAGAGCGUUCUUACCACUCCUCCAGCAGUAGCAACAAAAAAUGGGGUCAGAUCCACCAGUGGAUGGCUGACUCAGAAAAAGCCAGAGGCUCUAGUAGUAGUAUAUCCAGCAGCCGUCAUCGCCGGGGGCUGGAUGAUGAUGUCAUGUCAGUCCGCAGCUACAGGUCAACCUCAUCAUCAGUUCGUGACUCGGGGUCUAAGAGUCGAUCCAGUUCCCGUAGAAGAGAUUUGUUGUCUGAUGGUCUCACCUCUAGCUCUACCCUCAAGAGUUCCCGCUCCACUAGCUCUGUGUACAAUGACCUGCAUGGCCAUAAAAGGUCUUCAUCCAGCUCCUCGAAGAAGGACCUGCUGACUGGACUUUACCACGAUCAAAGGAACUACAGCAGCCUCACGAAGACCAAAGCAACGCCUCCCCCCUCCACUUCCACCUAUCAGCCUCGGGCCACCACUUCCUCGUCCUCCACCACUGGCACGGCGCUGCCUCGCAGCUACAGCAUGGCCUCUAUUUAUGAUGACACCGGUCUUUACGGCUCGGCGUACAGUUCAAGAGCUUCUUCAGAUGAUGACACUGUCAGCAGCGUGUCCCAGGAACACUUCAGGAGAGGCCGCAGGGACAGUGCGUCGUCUGACUUCUCGGACAUUAGCGAGUCGGCUGCCGAUUAUUUCAGCCGCUCCAACCGAAGAGGCAGUAUUGUGUCUGACCUCGAUGAUUUGAGCAUUCCAGAUCUGGACGCUCUGGAUGAAAAAUGUGACAAGCAGUAUUCAGAUUUUAGCCGGCCAUCCUCCCGCUGUGCCACCCCAGGCCUCUCAGCAGCCACACUGGCAUCGCUGGGCGGCACCUCGUCACGGCGCGGCAGCACAGACACGGGUAGCGUCUAUGACCCCGACACCAGUCUCAGUGAACUUAGGGAUAUCUAUGAACUAAAGGACCAGAUUCAGGAUGUAGAGGGGCGGUACAUGCAAGGGCUUAAAGAGCUGAAGGAGUCACUUGCAGAGGUGGAGGAGAAGUAUAAGAAAGCCAUGGUAUCGAACGCGCAGCUGGACAACGACAAAGGCAACCUCAUCUAUCAGGUGGACACACUAAAGGACGUCAUAGAGGAGAUGGAGGAGCAAAUGGCCGAGAUGAGGCGGGAGCUGGAAGACAAGUCAAAGGAACUAGAAAGGCAAAAGCACACAUGUACAGUCCUGCAGCAUAAACAAGAAGAACUGAAAGAGGGAAUCCGCCAGAGAGAUGAGCUUAUAGAGGAGAGCCAGCGAAUGCAGACUAAGUUAGAUGCCCUCACCAGAGAGGUGUUUGACCUGCAGGAAACAAUAAACUGGAAGGACAAAAAGAUUGGGGCCCUAGAGAGGCAGAAAGAGUACUUUGAUUGCAUUAGGAGUGAGAGAGACGAGCUCAGAGAUGAGCUUGCUGACAUCAAGGGGAAAGCCAAAGCAGGAGAGAAACACGGGCUGGUCAUCAUCUCAGACGGCACACCAAAUGGAGACGUCAACCAUGAGCCUCUGUCCUCAGGGAUCACUGUGGUCUCCCAGGAGGCCGCUCAGGUGCUGGAGUCUGCAGGAGAGGGCCCGCUAGAUGUCAGGCUACGGAAGUUGGCAGAGGAGAAAGACGAACUGUUGGCUCAGAUCAGGAAGCUGAAGAAUCAGCUGGAGGAGGAGAGACAGAAACACUCAAAGAUGGACAGUGCGUACACAGACGGGGAGAGGAUGGAGAACGGUACAGACCUACACAUUAUUGAAAUGCAGAGAGAUGCCAACAGACAGAUUAGUGAAUACAAAUUCAAGCUUUCUAAGGCAGAACAGGAAAUGGGUACAAUGGAACAAAAUAUUAACAGACUUGAAGGGCAAGUGUCCAGGUACAAGGCUUCAGCGGACAACUCGGAGAGAAUAGAAGACGAACUUAAAGCAGAAAAACGGAAACUUCAAAGAGAGCUGCGCACAGCUCUAGAUAAGAUCGAGGAGAUGGAGAUGACCAACAACCACCUAGUAAAGCGCCUCGAGAAGAUGAAGGCCAACCGGAACGCCCUUCUGUCGCAGCAGUGAGGCAAGGCAGCAUCACCACAGAAGCCCUUAAACUCGCACCUCAGACCUCUGACUGCCAUAUUGUGUCUGGAGCACAUUUCCAUUUUUAGCUGUAACACUUUAAGAUUUGUAGCUAACCAAAAACACUUUAAGGAAAACGUGUAGCACAGGCAACAAACUGAACUGUGUCCUUUGUUUUUUUUUCUUUUGUUUUUUUUUUUUUCAAAACCGGAAGCGUUGGGUUUUGUCGCCAGUGUUUUGGGAGACACGACUCAGAAACUUAACUAAUAAAACUAUAAAGUUGCUGGGAGAUACAUCUGAGGAAAAUUCUCGAGUCACUACUUAAUUUUUCAGAGCUUUGUACUACAUCAUGUUAUCCAUGAGAUUUUAUCUCUCUCUGGCUGGGUGCUUGGCUGUAUUUUGUUUUGUUUUUUUGUUGUUGUUUUUUUUUUUUUUUUUAAUUGGUU